UUGAGUAGUGGAACCUUUGUCAGACACCGCCGCAUUUUCCUGUCAACAGGUCCGUGGCCGCAAUUGCAACAUUCACCUAGGACACUGACAUCCUCUCUCUGCGACUCUGUCUCACCUAUCAAAUCCUUCUACCUCACAGUACUCGAUCACAUCUUCUCUCAAAAGCGGGCGCUUCGUGCGCGCUGCCACUGCCAUCAUGUCCUCCUAUAACCCUCGAGAAUCCGUCCUCAACCAGCCCAAACCCGUCGUUCACCUCCCUCACGAUCUCCUCGAUGCAAUCACCAACUCAGUUGAACCGUAUCCUAUCCCAGAGGGAAGGAAAUAUGAAUAUGGAACCGCAGGUUUUCGAAUGAAGGCGUACGUCUUUCCAUCCUCAGCCGCACCUGACACGAGUCUACCCUCACGCAAUACAUCACUGACAAAGAGUUGGCUAUAGCAAUGCUGGAUUGGAUCAUGUCAUCUACACAGUUGGUCUCACGGCUGCUUGUCGGUCGAAAAAGCGCAAUGCCACGAUCGGUAUCAUGAUCACGGCCAGUCACAAUCCUGCAGAGGACAAUGGAGUCAAACUGGUUGAUCCUAUGGUAGGUUGAGUUUUCAGGAGUUGCUGGCGCUAGGCUGACUGCUCAAUUGUAGGGGGACAUGCUUGAGCAAUCAUGGGAACAUUAUGCGACGACCCUGGCCAACACGUCCAACGACAAGCUUGCAAAGACGUAUGAAGAGCUGGUAAACGAGACCCUGGUGGAUGAGAUCCGUCAACUCCAUGAAAGACCUGCCAAGGUUGUAUUUGCGCGCGAUACCCGUGCUUCGGGUCCAUACUUGGUUACUGCCCUCAAGGCCGCUUUGGACGCAGUCAAGGUCGAAUACACCGACCAUGGCAUCAUGACAACCCCUCAACUACAUUAUAUCGUUCGUUGCGUCAACACCAUGGACUCUCCCUAUGCUUUUGGCGAGCCCACAGAGCAGGGAUAUUACGAGAAGAUGGCCAAAGCAUUCAAGACGCUCAUGUAUGGACGGACUAUACAAGGCUCGGUCACCGUGGACUGCGCGAAUGGCGUGGGUGGUCCUAAGUUGAAGGAAUUGAUCAAAUACCUUCCGAGCGGGAAAGAAGGAGGUAUUGACAUUAAGGUUGUCAACGAUGAUGUCGUGCGUCCUGAAGCGCUCAAUUUUGAGUGCGGUGCAGAUUAUGUCAAGACCAAACAGCGAGCUCCCCCCAGUUCGACGGCGCAGCCUGGCGAUCGCUGCUGCUCACUUGACGGUGAUGCAGAUCGGAUUGUCUUCUAUUACACCGACGAGCAGAAGACGUUCCACCUCCUCGAUGGUGAUCGAAUCGCCACUCUUGGAGCGGUGUUUUUGGCCGACAUGACUCGAGUUGCUGGGAUCGACAGUAAGAUCAAGAUUGGUCUGGUCCAGACCGCCUACGCCAAUGGUGCUGCUACCGAAUAUGUCGAAAAGGUCUUGAAACUUCCCGUGACUGUCACGCCUACUGGUGUUAAGCACCUGCAUCAUGCUGCCGCCAGGUAUGAUAUUGGUGUUUAUUUUGAGGCCAAUGGUCAUGGUACCGUCUUGUUCUCGGACAACGCUAUCAAGGUCAUCCGAGAGUCCGAACCCAAAUCCCCAGGACAAAAACAUGCGUUAGACUCACUUCGUGCUUGUGUUGAUUUGAUCAAUCAAGCAGUGGGUGAUGCUAUCUCAGACAUGCUUUUUGCCGAGGUUGUUCUUGCUCAUAAAUGUUGGACCCUGGAAAAUUGGCGCAACACGUAUAUCGAUCUUCCCAACCGUCUUGUUCGAGUCGAGGUCCGCGAUCGUUCAAUCUUCAAGACUACAGAUGCAGAGCGGAGACUGGAGUCACCAAAGGGCGCACAAGAUGAAAUUGACAAGUUUUGUCAGAUGUAUGUCAAAGGCCGGGCAUUUGCAAGAGCUUCUGGUACAGAAGAUGCCGUGAGAGUGUAUGCAGAAGCUCACUCCAAGACCGAGGCCGAGAAGCUUGCUCAACAAGUUGCAGAGGUUGUUCGGAAAUAUGGAGUCUAGUGAUGAAGUUCCCGGUGAGAGUCGUCUUGGAGUAACGGGAUCAGACUUGACAUCAGCUGAUGGACGAGGUAAGCGGCUACAAAUGCAACGAUAUGGGAUCUCGGGCAUUGCAUCUUGCAGGUCAAAUAGGUGCUGAGGCCAACUUUUUGUUAGUUAUUGGCUGGUAUACUAGAAAAGUUUCUGGACAUGGAUACUAGUAUUCAAAGCUUGCUCUUUCCCUCGA